AUGGUGAUGGAUGACGAAUGGAAGAAUUAUAAAGGAGAUAAAGUAAUUGAAGCUAAAGCGCGCGAAAUAAAAUCUCUUGUGAUGGAUGAUGAAUGGUGGGAUACUAUUGAAUACUUGUUGAGGUGUACAGAGCCAAUUGUAUCCACGCUUAGAAGUGCCGACCUUGAUUGUCCAAAAUUGUACCUUAUUUACGACAUGUGGGAUACAAUGAUUGAAAAGGUGAAGGUGAUUGUAUUUAAGCAUGAGGGGAAAGAUCUUAUUACCGGCCAAUCGAAUGUUUUUGCUACAAUUCAAGGAAUUCUUGUGGCAAGGUGGAAUAAGAGUAAUACUCCAUUGCAUUGCAUGGCACAUUCAUUGGUUCCAAAAUAUUAUCAUGAGUCAUGGCUUAAAGGUGAAAGCAACGGGUUAAGAAGAUUUGCUCCUAAUGAAGAUAUAGAAAUUUCACAAAAUAGGCUCAAAUGCUUUCAAAGAUAUUUCAAGAAUCCGAAUGAUUUAAAGAAAGCUUCUUUGGAGCAUGGGGCAUUUUGUUGUGGGAAUGGUUACUUUGGUGAGUCUCAUGUAAUUGAUGUUAUGGGGUAUGAGGAGCCUUUAUCUUGGUGGGCUAACCAUGGUGUAAAUACUCCACUUUUACAAAGUCUGGCUUACAAAUUGCUUUCCCAGCUAGCUUCUUCAUCUUGUUGCGAGAGAAAUUGGAGUACUUUUUCAUUGAUUCAUAGCAUCAAGAGAAACAAGCUAGCUACUUCUAGAGCCGAAGAUUUAGUUUUUAUCCAUUAUAAUCUUCGCUUGCUCUCUCGAAGAAAGGAAAAGUAUACAAAUGGCCCAAGCAAAUAUUGGGAUUUAGGUGGGGAUUAUUUUAAUAUUGAUGAAAGUAUCAAUGAUCUAGUUGAAUUGUCAAUAGACGAACCUCAACUAGAAGGAGUCUUCUUUGAAGAGGAAGUUCAAGAUUUGCAAGAAGUUGACAUUGAAGAGAUUGAGGAAGAUGACCUUUGA